CGGUAUCGAGAAAUAGAAAAUAUUAAACACCAGGUCCACGGCAGCCAAUAUUUACUUCUGUUUCUUUACCCUUUGCCGCCUUAAACUCAUUCGUUUCUGCAUUCCCUUACGUGUUAAGAAUCAUGAGGGUGCAGCGUGCCGUGGCUGUCCUCAAUGACGGCCGAAUUUUAGGGUCGAGAUGCAACGCUCGAUUUCUCAGUGUGGGCUCCAGAAUUCCCGGGUCUCGUUCUCCUGGUCCAUUGAUCGCUGCCCCAUUGCGUGUAGAAGGUAGAAGAUACUUCAACCUGACGAAGCCAAGAUAUGCCGCAGCCGCCUCCGCCGCCGCCAGCGCAGCGUUGAAGAAAGCUGCCGAGGAUGCGGCGAGCCUUACACCUGAAGCCGUCUUCGCCAAGAUGAGCCCAGAAGAAAAGAAGCGGUUAUCCAGAGUGCGCAACAUUGGUAUCGCUGCACACAUCGACAGCGGAAAGACCACUGCUACCGAACGUGUACUAUUCUAUACGGGACGAAUUAAGGCUAUUCACGAAGUGCGAGGUAGAGAUGGCGCAGGCGCUAAGAUGGACUCUAUGGAGCUCGAGCGAGAGAAGGGAAUCACCAUUCAGUCCGCUGCUACGUUCUGUGACUGGAAGAAAGUAGAGGAUGGGGAGGAACAUACUUAUCACAUCAACUUGAUCGAUACACCAGGACAUAUUGAUUUUACCAUCGAGGUCGAACGCGCCCUGAGAGUUCUGGACGGAGCCGUCAUGAUUCUUUGCGCUGUCAGCGGCGUUCAGUCCCAAACUAUUACCGUAGAUAGGCAGAUGAAGCGAUACAACAUUCCCCGAAUCAGUUUCGUGAACAAGAUGGACCGAAUGGGUGCCAACCCUUGGAAGGCCGUCGAGCAGAUCAACUCCAAGUUAAAGAUCCCUGCGGCAGCUAUUCAAAUACCGAUUGGUGCCGAGGACCAGUUCAAGGGAGUUGUCGACCUGAUAGGCAUGAAAGCCAUCUAUAGCGAAGGACCCAAGGGAACAAUCGUUCGAACUGGUCCUAUCCCCGAGGACCUAAAGGAGCUUGCGGAGCAGAAACGCCAGGAACUGAUCGAGAAACUGGCAGAUGUUGAUGACGAGAUUGCUGAAAUUUUCCUGGAAGAAGGUACCCCGUCCAACGAGCAGAUCAUGGCCGCCAUCCGAAGGGCGACUAUCGCUCUGAAGUUCACGCCCGUUAUGAUGGGUUCUGCUUUGGCCGACAAAUCUAUCCAACCCCUGCUUGACGCUGUUUGUGACUACCUGCCUAACCCCGCCGACGUUAAGAAUGUGGCCUUAGAUCGCACCAAGAAUGAGGCGGAAACUCAACUGGUCCCCUAUAACUCGCUACCGUUUGUUGGUCUAGCUUUCAAGCUCGAAGAAAACAAUUAUGGCCAGCUCACCUAUAUCCGAGUCUACCAGGGUACCCUGAAGAAGGGCACUUAUCUCUUCAACUCACGGACCGACAAGAAGGUCAGAAUUCCCCGAAUCGUGCGGAUGCAUUCAAACGAGAUGGAAGAUGUCAAUGAGAUCGGUGCCGGUGAGAUUUGUGCCGUAUUUGGUGUCGAGUGCGCUUCGGGCGAUACGUUCACAGACGGAAACUUGCCAUAUACCAUGUCUUCUAUGUUCGUACCCGAUGCGGUCAUGUCGCUUUCUAUUAAGCCCAAGAAAAGCACGGACGCCGACAAUUUCAGUAAGGCGAUGAACCGAUUCCAACGUGAAGACCCUACCUUCAGAUUAUUUGUCGAUGAGGAAAGCGAAGAGACCAUCAUCUCAGGUAUGGGCGAGUUACACUUAGAAAUUUACAUCGAGCGUCUACGACGAGAAUACAAGGUCGACUGUAUCACUGGUCAACCCCGAGUGGCAUACCGUGAGACCAUCAGCAACAGAGCCGAUUUCGACUACCUACUAAAGAGACAGACUGGUGGACCUGGUGAUUUUGCUCGUGUCGGCGGAUGGAUCGAACCGAACGAGGAGCCGGAGAAGAACAGCUUCUCCAACCAGGUUGUGGGCGGUGCUAUUCCGGACAAGUUCAUCUCAGCCUGUGCUAAAGGUUUCGAGGUCGCUUGUGAGAAGGGUCCUCUACUUGGUCACAAGGUUAUCGGAGCUCGCAUGGUGGUGAACGAUGGUGCGACACACGUCACAGAUUCUUCUGAUUUUGCCUUCAGUCUGGCAGCACAGAUGGCAUUCCGCAAGACCUUCCCGGAGGCCGGUGGUCAAGUGCUAGAGCCGCUGAUGAAGACGACCAUUAUGGCGCCCAACGAGUUUCAGGGCAACAUCCUCAUGCUGAUGAACAAGCGUAACGCGACUAUCAUUGACACAGAGAUCGGUACCGAGGACUUUACGCUGAUUGCAGACUGCAGCUUGAAUGCCAUGUUCGGCUUCAGCACGCAGCUAAGAGCGGCUACUCAAGGAAAGGGAGAAUUUAGCAUGGAGUUUUCUCAUUAUGCGCCUGCGCCGCCGCAUCUACAGAAGGAGUUGGUCGCCAAGUACGAGAAGGAGCUUGAGGCUAAGAGGACUAAGUAGACUUCGUCUAUCGACGGGGUUCCAUCUUGGGGUCUGGUGGUUAGUAGAUGGCUCUCAAAACACAUCCGCACUAGAUAUACUCGACUAUGCUCUUGACUGGGCAAGCAAAUGCUUCUACUGUCUUA